UUCUCGCUCAUCUCUAAUUCAAUAAUAUAAUUCGAUUUUGUUUGUAGUUUGCCAUCUUUUAACGAGAAACAACAGCAACAUGUCAAACAAAAUUCAAGUCUCCCUUCCCGAGGAGGAAUUGGAUUGGAUACAAUUGCGCCAGGACCUGGGACCGGUUGUCGAGGUGGAAACGACAAAGGAAAAGCUUCAGCGCAAGAUAAAGGAGAACCCGCUGGUUCCACUGGGAUGCCUGGCGACCACAGCGGCUCUCACAGCCGGCCUAUACAACUUUCGCACUGGCAAUCGCAAGAUGUCGCAGCUGAUGAUGCGCACUCGAAUCGCGGCUCAGGGCUUCACCGUUUUUGCUCUGAUAGUCGGCGUCGUCAUGACUUACACUGACAAAAAAUAACACUCUUAUAAUCUUAUGAUCCAAAAUAUAUAGGCUGAACUUGAAUUCAGUUUUGUUAUUUUAGUACGCUGCUAAAAAAGUUACCACCUACGGGUUCUAACUCAUAUAAAUGUAAAAAUACAUGUUGACUUUAUAUAUAGUUUUUAAAACAUAUCUUACUUCUGUAAUGUGUCGACUUAUUAUAUGUGGGCAGUUUAUUAACUUAAUCCUACUUAAUUGGCUAUUUUAAUGUAAUAGUUCGAGCUGUGAUCAACCAAUACGUUUUAAGAAUUAGAUAACACGAGCACAUUAAUAAAUUGCAUAAAUUUUUAA